UGUACAUAAACACUAUGUACCAACAAAGUAAGUGACUCAAAGAAAAAGGCUAAGCUAGAUAUAGCUAAGGAGACAACUCAAAAGAGAAAAAGAGCAAGAAGAUGGCACAAGAAGCUAUGAGAAAAGGACCAUGGAUGGAACAAGAAGACCUUCAACUUGCAUUUUAUGUGAACUUGUUAGGCGAUCGACGAUGGGAUUUCUUAGCCAAAGUUUCAGGUUUAAGAAGAACCGGAAAAAGUUGUAGAUUACGAUGGGUGAAUUACUUACAUCCUGGUCUCAAACGUGGAAAGAUGACUCCACAAGAAGAACGUCUUAUUCUUGAACUCCACUCCAAAUGGGGAAAUAGAUGGUCAAGAAUUGCGAGGGAAGUAUCCGGGAGAACUGACAAUGAAAUCAAGAAUUACUGGAGAACUCAUAUGAGGAAGAAGGCUCAAGAUGAGAGGAAGUUAAAAAAAGCAUCAUCUAUUAUUUCUCCAUCUUCAUCCUUCUCUAAUACUUCAUCUUUCUCAUCUAAUAGUCCUGAUGUGGAUUUCACACCCAUUAUGAAAAACAAUGAAAGAAACUUCUACGAUACAGGUGGACUACAAAAGAAAGUUGUUGAUCAUGAUAAAGGAAAAAACAUGAAGGUAUACUCUAUGGAUGAUAUAUGGAAAGACAUUGAAUUGUCAGAAGAAAAUGAAACAAAGAGUACUAAACAAAUUAUGUCAUCACCUAUAUGGGAUUAUUGUCCAAACACUCUAUGGAUGGCUGAUGAUCAAGAAGAAAAUAAGAUGUUUCCUAUGUUUUAUUGCUUGGAUAACCAGGAUAUAUAACACAAUUUUGGCUAACAAAGGGUUAUUUGUUUGAAGGCUAUUUGUUUUUUUUUUGAAGAUAGUUGGUGUAGGUAUUGAAAGAUGAGUUUGUAGCUCUAACAUGUUAAUAAAGAAAAAUAAGAUGGGUAAACAAGUUGCAAUAUGACUAUCAUUUGUGUAAUGCAAAUUGCAAAUAAAA